UUUUAUUUUGCCUUUAUUUUAAGAGGUUGAAUAUCUCUUUAUGUUCAAAAAGUCAUCAAAGUCUUUAUGACCUUUUCAAAGUCCAUUUGUGUUUUCUCUGUGUGGUCUAUUUUGUCUUUUGCCCAUAAUUCUAUAGGAUUAUGCAUUUCCUGCUGAUUUGGAAGAGCUGUAUGCAUAUAAAGAGAUUAACUCUUUACCUAUGAUAUGUACUAGAAAUAUAUUUUUUCAUGUGGCUCUUCUUAUGACUUUAUUUGGUUUUUAUCCUACUUAAUGUAUCUCUUUUUUCUGAAGUUUCUUUUCUUUAAAUUUAUUUCACGGCUUCUGGGUUUUAUGUCAUGCUUCCUCACUCUAAGGUUAAAAAAACCAUUUCCAAUAUUUUCUUCUAGUACUUCAAUUUAAAAUAAAAAUGUAGUUAUUUUUGAUCUAUCUGGAAUUUUCUUUCAUGCAAGAAAUGGGAAAACGAAUCCACUUUAUUUUUCCCGAAAUAGCUCCUAAAUUGUCCUUUAAGAUUAAUAAUCUAUCUUUUUUCUGGAGAGUUUAUUUUUAAAGUAAGAGACAAUAUUUAAAAUGAAGAGGGGAAAAAAAAAGAAAAAUGGUAUCAUAAAACCCAGAUAAAUAACACAGCAUUUUUAUUAAUUAACUGCCUGAUGCUGUUCUAGAAUACACUUUACUCCAGAGAGCUUUUUCCUUGCUUUUUUUUUUUCCCUAAGUACUGGGGAUUGAACCCAAGGGUGCUUUACCAUUGAGCUACAUCCUCAGCUCUUUUCAUUUUUUUAUUUUGAGACAGGGUCUCCCUAAGUUGCUAAGGCCAGUUUUGAAUUGCGAUCCUCCUACCUUAGCCUUCUGAGUCACUAGAACUACAGGUGUGUGCUACCACACCUGGAUCUACCAUCUUAAAUGUAUUAUUUGUUUUGUUUUUGUUUUUGUAGUACAGGGUAUUGAACUCAGGGCUUUGUACUUACUAGGCAGCUAAAUCUUCAACCUUUUUUAAAUUUAUAAUUCUAUUUUGAGCAUGGUCUCACUAAGAUGCCAAGGCUAGGCUUGAUUUUUUUUUUAAUUUAUGAAUUUGAUCUUUAUAACACUUAUUAAAUAAGCAGCCAUAACAUGAAGCGGGGAGUCCUGUAAUGCAAAUAUAUGGUAUCCAAACCUGACACAGAAUGAAUUCAUACAAUGGCCUUGAACUUUUGAUCCUCCUUCCUCAGCCUCUGGAUUAGCUGAGUUUAUAGGAAUGUGCCACCGCAACCAACUUAAAUGUAUUGUUUAAUAAACAUCCAGUAAAAUUUGCUUUUUUUUUUUUUGUACAGUUCUAUUAGUUUAAACAAAUGCAUAGUAUCUUGGCCACCAUAUUUAAGAUAGAGAACAGGCCCAUCACUUCUACAUACAGACAUUUACAGUGGUUCAGCUAACAAUUUUUCAUCUUCAGGAUGGUGCAAAGCAAUGCACAUUCAGUAGAAACUGUACAUGGAAUUUUGAAUUGGAUUUCUUCCUGGACUCGAAAUACGCAGCCUCAUCUUCUCUCCAGAUGCUGGGGAGAAUGCCGCUCUGGGUCAGCUGUGUGAUCAUAAGGGAAACCACUGAUGCUCCACAGUGCACUGUAUGGCUGUACUGGGUUGCUCGGAAGUUUAGGUGCAUUUUCCAGCCCAGAGCGGUGGCCCACACUUAUGAUCCCUGCUACUUUGGAGGCUGAGGCAGGAGGAUCACAAGUUUGAGGUCAGACUGGGUAAUUUAGUGAGUGAGACUCUGUUUCAGAAUAAAAAGUAAAAGGAGUUGGGAAUGUAGUGGUAGUACCCAAGCACCAAAAAAUGGGAAAUAAAGAAAAGAAAAAUGCAUUUUCUACUUAUGAUAUUUUCACCUCGUGGUGGGUUGGUGAGCAUGUAGCCUCCUCAUACCUAGAACAUCUGUGUUCUGUCCUGCUGCUUUCUCCCACAACCCUGCCCCUGAUACCCACUGCUAUGUUUUCAACCCAAAUCCACCCAUUCAGAAUUUCUGGGACUGGGUCCUCCAUCUAGGUGAUGAGGGUCCUGCAGGUGAUUCUGAUUUGAAUCAAUUGGAAACCAUUGCCUGAGAAUAUUGCUUCAUAACUGGCAAGAACUUGGUUCUUGCUUGGUUCCCUGGAGUCUAGACUGUGACCUGUGAGCAGUCAGAGGCCUCAGACUAGUAAAAACAACCCUUCCUGUGUGCUUACUACCUGACAGGCACUGAGUCAAGCACAUUUAACAUGCUGUCUCUCACUCUUCAUAGUAGUUCUGGGAGGUUAAAUCUUUCAUUCCCAUUUUAUAGAUGAGGCAACUGAGGCUAGAGAUAGAGAUUAAGUACUUUGCCCAGCUUUUCAUAGCCAGGAACCAAGAUUUUGGAGCCAGGCUAAUUUGCAGUGCCCAUGAUCCUGGCCUUUCCACUGUGUCACCUCUCUCCAAUAGGGUGGUUACCUGCCCCCACCAUGCCCAGCCUGACAGUGUGACAGUUGUCCAUGCUGGCUGUCAUGUCCUCAGAAGAUUCUCCCAGUAUAACUUCUUACUUGAUUUGUUGAGCUCCUGGAGCAGGGGUGAUUGAGGAGAGGCUAAGGGGACUGAAAGCUGAAUGAGGCCAGCUCCUGGAGAGAGCAGGGGAGAGGCCUGGGCCAGGUGGGGCUGCCAGGAGACCUCUGCCUGAUUCUGCCUGUCUUUCCUCCCUUUGCACUGGACCGAGCCUCCUGUGUUUCUCUCCAUCUGAUCUCCUGUUUCCUCCUCUGGCUCUGGAGUUCCUGGCUCCUCUGACUACCUCUUCUUAAGCCCCUACCUCUUCUCUCUCUCACCUUAGCUUGGCCUCCGGAAUGCCCCCCGAUGCUGGGCAGUGAUCCAGCCCCUGCUGUGUGCUGUGUACAUGCCCAAGUGUGAGAAUGAACGAGUGGAGCUGCCCAGCCGCACCCUCUGCCAGGCCACCCGAGGCCCGUGUGCCAUUGUGGAGCGGGAGCGAGGCUGGCCUGACUUCCUGCGCUGCACCCCUGACCACUUCCCUGAAGGCUGCCCGAAUGAGGUGCAGAACAUCAAGUUCAACAGUUCGGGUCAGUGUGAAGCGCCCUUGGUGCGAACAGACAACCCCAAGAGCUGGUACGAGGAUGUUGAGGGCUGCGGGAUCCAGUGUCAGAAUCCACUGUUCACCGAGGCCGAGCACCAGGACAUGCACAGCUACAUUGCAGCCUUUGGUGCUGUCACCGGCCUCUGCACGCUCUUCACCCUGGCCACCUUUGUGGCUGACUGGCGGAACUCCAAUCGCUACCCUGCAGUGAUUCUCUUCUACGUCAAUGCAUGCUUUUUUGUGGGCAGCAUUGGCUGGCUGGCCCAGUUCAUGGACGGUGCCCGCCGGGAGAUCGUGUGCAGAGCAGAUGGCACCAUGAGGCUAGGGGAGCCCACCUCCAAUGAGACCCUGUCCUGCGUCAUCAUUUUUGUCAUCGUGUAUUAUGCCCUGAUGGCUGGUGUGGUCUGGUUUGUGGUCCUCACCUAUGCCUGGCACACUUCCUUCAAAGCCCUGGGCACCACCUACCAGCCACUCUCAGGCAAGACCUCCUACUUCCAUCUGCUCACGUGGUCACUCCCCUUUGUCCUCACCGUGGCAAUCCUCGCUGUGGCCCAGGUGGAUGGGGACUCCGUGAGCGGCAUCUGUUUUGUGGGCUACAAGAACUACCGUUACCGGGCUGGCUUCGUCCUGGCCCCAAUUGGCCUGGUGCUCAUUGUGGGAGGCUACUUCCUCAUCCGAGGAGUCAUGACUCUGUUCUCCAUCAAGAGCAACCACCCGGGGCUGCUGAGUGAGAAGGCUGCCAGCAAGAUCAACGAGACCAUGCUGCGCCUGGGCAUUUUUGGCUUCCUGGCCUUUGGCUUUGUGCUCAUCACUUUCAGCUGCCACUUCUACGACUUCUUUAACCAGGCUGAGUGGGAGCGCAGCUUCCGGGACUAUGUGCUGUGCCAGGCCAAUGUGACCAUUGGGCUGCCUACCAAGAAACCCAUUCCUGACUGUGAGAUCAAGAAUCGCCCCAGCCUCCUGGUGGAGAAGAUCAACCUGUUUGCCAUGUUUGGCACUGGUAUCGCCAUGAGCACCUGGGUCUGGACCAAGGCCACACUUCUCAUCUGGAGGCGCACCUGGUGCAGGUUGACUGGGCAGGGUGAUGAUGAGCCCAAACGGAUCAAGAAGAGCAAGAUGAUUGCCAAGGCCUUCUCUAAGCGGCGGGAGCUGCUGCAGAAUCCAGGCCAGGAGCUGUCCUUCAGCAUGCACACUGUCUCCCAUGAUGGGCCUGUGGCGGGUUUGGCCUUUGACCUCAAUGAACCCUCAGCUGAUGUCUCCUCUGCCUGGGCCCAGCAUGUCACCAAGAUGGUGGCUAGGAGAGGAGCCAUACUGCCCCAGGAUGUGUCUGUCACUCCUGUGGCGACUCCAGUACCCCCAGAAGAACAAGCCAACCUGUGGCUAGUUGAGGCAGAGAUCUCUCCAGAGCUGGAGAAGCGCCUGGGCCGGAAGAAGAAGCGAAGGAAGAGGAAGAAGGAGGUGUGCCCCCUGGCACCAGCCCCUGAGCUUCAUCAUCCUGCCCCUGCCCCUGCCACCAGUGCUGUUCCUCGGCUGCCUCAGCUCCCCCGACAAAAAUGCCUGGUGGCUUCAGGAGCCUGGGGAUCUGGGGAAUCCUGCCGACAGGGAGCCUGGACCUUGGUCUCCAACCCCUUCUGCCCAGAGCCCAGUGUCCGUCAGGAUACAUUUCUCCCCAGUGUUCCAGCCCCCACGGCCUGGGCUCAGGGCUGCCGCCAGGGUCUGGGGCCCAUUCACUCUCGCACAAACCUGAUGGAGGCAGAGCUCAUGGAUGCAGACUCGGAUUUCUGAGCCUGCAGAGCAGGGACAGGAAAAAGGAACAAAUACUGUUCCAAGGCUCUUCUUCCUCUCUGAGAGCGCUUCCCUGGAUCUCAUCUUCCAGAGAAACUAUGGGCCAAGUGCCCUCCCAGGAGAGUUCUGUGUGUUUGGCUUAAAGCAGCAGGACUGUGGGAAAGAGCCAGACUUCUCCAUGGGUAGGUCUCACCCCAAGGGCAGGGCCCUGGAGCUCAGGGUCUUUAUUUCUGUCCCACCAGCUGGAGUCUGGCAGCAAUAGUCUCCAGCAGAGCUUGUGGUAGGGCAAUAAUGGCAGAGGCAGGGGUGACAGUUCUCAGAGUAGAUUGUGGUGGCUAGGGAGGCAGCCAUGUCCUGUCUUCCAGAUGGGGGCUGGCUGCCCUUUUCUGUGCCAACAGGUGCCCUUUCCUGGCACUCUCAGACCAAAAGUGUUUAUUGUGUCAUUUGUCCUUUGCCUAAGUGGGAACAGGGCUCCCUUCUUCAUUUAAGGUGGUCGUGAGGCCAGAAGUGCUUACUGCCACACGGGCCUCUCUAAACAGGUAGCCCUACCCCAAACCCACUUUCUCUUCUGCAUCCUCCUUUCCCCAUCUCAUCUCAUUUCUACCAGGCCAGACUCUUCCGGCUUCCUAUUUGUUGAUUAGGACCCAGAACUGCAAGCACGUGUGAACACACACACACACACACACACACACACACACACACACACACAUUGAGCUCUAUCUCUUGGUGAGAGAUUGAUCCAGCUGUAGAGCCUUGGCCUGGUAAGGAGUGACUUGGAGCCUCUGGGCCCCUGAGAGACAUGUUAUGUCUUCUUCAUGACCAUCCAGUGGGGAUGGAUCCUUUGACUUGAGGGGCUAUCCUGGGAAGCUGCCUUCAGCCAGGCAGGAAAGCUUCUUUCAAUUUCCACAACUGGUGGGGUAGGAGAUUCCCACCUUUCAUAACCUCCAACCAUGUCCCCAGCACCCCAUAUUCAAGACCCAGUAGCUGGAAACCUUAGAAGUUGGCUGGGUUUUAGGUUGGGGGAUAGAGAUGGGAAGAAGAAAUAUGAAAAAUAAAUAAAAUGUUUUUGUAUAAA